AUGUCUGUUUCUCUUGAGCUUCUCCACCAAGUAAUGCUGGACGACCGCCCCCAGACAACAAGCACAAGCAGCGAGAUGGGAAGCCAGGCCUGGACACUGAUCCUCAUCUCGAGUGAUGGAAAACGACCCCUGCGACCGUAUGAGCGAACGACGGUGACUGUGAGAGACGGAGGAGUGCCACAAGCGUUCCAGAUGGCGGAGAAGAAGGACAGAAACCAUUGCUUGGCAAUAGUCAAGCCCGGCCGAGCCGCCUUGCGUGAAGCUUGGGAUGAAGACAAUAAAACAGAAGUCGAGGAGUCAGUCGGCCAAGUUUCUGGAAAGAAGACGGAUGGAACCGAUAUGUUUGACGUGAUCGCGCGCCGGCGAGUUCCCUCAGAAUUGUCGAGGCCGUUAGAGCAGCAACUAGAGCAACUAUGGCGAAAGGCCUUGCGCGGGUGGACGCACCAGAUUCAUGAGAGUGUCAAUGGACCCCUGCGAGCGCCGUCGCUCCGGUUGAACCAAAGGACGCGCGAACCAUUGGCAACAUUGCGGCGGUCUUCCGUGGGUAUACGAACCUCCUCAAUGUCAUCUGCGCUAGCGCAGAGACCUGCAGGAAAUUUCGGCCACCCGCAACAGGGAGGCACAGGUGAUGAGGGGGGUUUCCGUGGUCCGGUGAGGACCCUGUCGCGGCUAUUGGGUGAGGAAGUCACCCUCGCGCUUUUGCGGUGGGAGCCAGGGGCAUUCACUCUGUUGAAGGAGGAGGCGGAGUUACCAACAGAGCAAAGCUGGAUUCCCAAGCGAGGUGUAUUUGGUGUCGCCGUUCGAGAUGAAGGCAAGACGCCAGUAUGGCUUGUUGGCACGGAGAUCUGGAAACACUACUCCCCUCGACCCUCCACCUCCUUCAACAGCAUACAUAUCGAACGGUUAUCCAUCGACAAACAACGGCACUUGAUCGGGCGCAUGGGGAGCGAGUUUACCGUACCAGAGCCCAGUCAACCAUUCAAUGAUCGAUUCAAGGGGAAGGAACCUCAGAGGUAUUCGGAGAGCUUUGCGCUGCUCGGGAUAGUGUCGGAUGUGAAGGGCGGUGAUCGAUUGCGGCCGAAGCGGAUUGUCAGCAUCGGUUCAUCAGAUAUGCAGGGCAUCAACUUGUACAUCAACUUCCAGCACCAACCGUAUCCGCCUCCAACUCUGAUCGUCGCCAUCUACGAGUGGUCCAAGCUGUUCGGAAGGGCGAAUGCCCGUAAGAAGGUGAACCUCCCACUCGCGUCGUCGGAGCGGCCUGACUGGAAAGUUAUGAUUGGAAACGCAAGGGUUAUGAGCAUCGGCAAGAUCCCGUGCAAGGAGACGAGGAAGCGCUGGUAUGCAAGAAUGUCUCUCCCGCCGGCACUGGGGCGAUUAAGGUCGUCGUAUACAUAUCAGAACCAUGCGUCACUGAUGAUCGAGGUCAUGGACGGUAUUCAGCGCAUCAACUUUGCUGGUGACGACCACGCACACGACUGUAGUCUACGGUCUUUGGAUGCUUUUGGCCUGUACAUGCCGAAAUUGGCGGGAUCCCACUAUGGGCAGGCUCCACCAACGUGGACUGCUGCCAUAAGCUAUGACACCCAUCUGGAAGAAAACACUGAUAUUUACCUCGCUCGCAUCGACUCCGAUGCGCGGCGCGCGACACCUGUGCCGACCUGCUUGGACCGAUCAGUAUACAAACUCAGCCUGUUACGAUCUUUCGUACCGUGUCACCGGAUGGAAGGAGGCUGUCGAUGGUGA